AUUUAUUAUGCAAAAUUUCUAACCUAUUUCUGUUUGUUUUUGAAAUCAACGCAAAAUGAAUUAUUCUUACUCUAAUAAAAGCUCGUUAACACAUACAAAGAUCACAAAACCACCAGGGAAAUAUAAAACAAAAUUGAUGAUGCUUAAAAAUACAAUACGAGAAACUGUUUUCGAAAACUUGGCACUUUGUGAUGAGGUGAGCGAAGUACAGGAACUUAUCCUAAUUCGGAACGAGGAGAAGAAAUUUCUAUUGCGAAAACUCUGCCAAAUUGAUCCCCAAGUUGACAUAGAGGUACAACGAAUCAUUAAUACAAACACUACGCAAACUCCACUUUCAACUUCAACAACACCACCCAAAAAGCCGAAGAAGAGAUCCAAUAAUGAUGAUCACAAAGGGUCGAAACGUAAACUAACGAGUAAGACCCAAAAGAAACUGCUUCAGCUAAUUCCAUUGGAUCAAACUGGCCAUCCAAUAUAUCCGAUAGUAUUAGAUAACUUAAGCAUCCAUUCUAUAGGGGAGAUCGUUUGUGAUCGUCCCGAAUUUCAUUCGGAAGAAGCCAUCUUCCCCGUCGAUUAUAUAUCAACCAGAAUUUAUGGGAGUAUGAAAGAUCCAACUAGUAAAUGUGUCUACACUUGUAAAAUAAGUAGCAUGAACGAUUCACCUCGGUUUGAACUUACCCCCGACGAUGAUCCCACAGCGACAAUAAUCGGAAGUUCAGCAGACAUGUGUCAUUCGCUACUUCUGCAGCAGAUUAACGAUACCUUGUCGCUUAAUGUCGUCAGCGUACGUCCGCGGGGGAACGAUUUCUUCGGCCUGACCCACCCUACUGUGCUUAAUCUCAUUCAAAGUUCACCCGCUGCGAAAAAGUGUACCAAUUAUAGGUGGUCAAAGUUCGAGGUGUCGAAAAGCGGGGAAUGUUACGUGGAGGAUCCGGACACUUGUCUCAGUUUCGAAUCCCUUCAGAACAGCAUAAAUUAUUGUAAAUUUAAGAUGACUUCCGAAAUUCAUCCACAACCUUCUACUAGUAUAUUGCAAUCGAAAGAGAGUUUCGGCAGUUAUUAUGUUUGAUGUGUAUAUUAUAUUUAAGUUACGUUUAAAUUUUUUGUCUGAA